CCCCCCCCCCUCCCCGCCGCCGCAGGGGCUAGCAGGGGGAAGGAGAAGGGGGCGCUCCCUCGCCCCCCAUUUUCAGCACAACGGGAGGGGGGGGGAGUUCAUCGGCACAAACAAGGAGCGCAGGACCCGCUUCCUCCCCCCCUCCCUUCCCUCGGCGAUAAAUCCAGCCGGGCUAUGCAUCGCGAUGGGGACGCGCUGCCGCCUUCCCCGCGCUGAGGCGGCGGCUGCUGCCGCUGCCGGGGGGGCCGCCAUCCCCUCGGCGGGGACAGAGCAGCCGCCGCGGGGGCUGCCCGGCCCCCAGCGAGGGAGCAGCCGCCGCUGAGGUCGCCCUGCCCUCGGCCAGGGCCGCCGCCAAGGGCCGGGGGGAGCCCGAGCCGCUGCGACACGGGAGGGAGAACGGGGCUCGGCGCGCAGGGAGGAGGCGCAGCGGGCAUGCGCCGGCCGAGCCGCUGACUGGAUCCUCAGGCGAGGUACCGAGGCAAAAAAAUUAAAAAAAAGGAAAAAAUAAUAAUCCUAAAGGAAUGAAGGAGAGAAGAACGGAACGCGGCGGAGGAAAGCGAAAAGGGGUUUAAAAAGGGGAUAAAGCAGCGCUGGAGGAGCAGAUGUGGCAUGUGGGCACCGCCGGCACCAACAGAUAUUUUGAUGGCAUGACAAAUCAGAAAGAAGAGGAUGUACUGUAUGACUAGACACCAGAUCAGUUCUGUUUGUGGAUUACAUUUUCAGUAAGAUGUAUGGAUCUAUUUUUUCCUUGUUCUUAUAUAUAGAUCAUGAGACUUGACUGAGGCAAUAUACAUAUCAUCCAUCCAUCUAUGGCGAACUACAGCCAUGCAGCUGACAACAUUUUACAAAAUCUCUCUCCUUUAACAGCUUUUCUGAAACUGACUUCACUGGGUUUCAUAAUAGGAGUCAGUGUGGUGGGUAACCUUCUGAUCUCCAUUUUGCUAGUCAAAGAUAAGACCUUGCAUAGAGCUCCUUACUACUUCCUGUUGGAUCUUUGCUGCUCAGAUAUCCUCAGAUCUGCAAUUUGUUUCCCAUUUGUUUUCACCUCUGUAAAAAAUGGCUCUACUUGGACGUAUGGGACUCUUACUUGCAAAGUGAUUGCCUUUUUGGGGGUUUUGUCCUGCUUUCACACUGCUUUCAUGUUGUUCUGCAUAAGCGUCACCAGAUACUUAGCUAUUGCCCACCACCGUUUUUAUACGAAAAGGCUGACCUUCUGGACUUGUUUGGCCGUUAUCUGUAUGGUGUGGACCCUCUCUGUAGCCAUGGCUUUCCCCCCAGUUUUAGAUGUGGGCACCUACUCGUUCAUUAGGGAGGAAGACCAAUGCACUUUCCAGCAUCGUUCCUUCAGGGCUAAUGAUUCUUUGGGAUUUAUGCUUCUUCUUGCCCUCAUCCUCCUAGCCACACAGCUUGUCUACCUCAAGCUGAUAUUUUUUGUUCACGACCGCAGGAAAAUGAAGCCAGUCCAGUUUGUUGCAGCAGUGAGCCAGAACUGGACUUUCCAUGGUCCUGGAGCGAGCGGUCAAGCGGCUGCUAAUUGGCUGGCUGGAUUUGGAAGGGGUCCCACACCGCCAACCUUGUUGGGAAUCAGGCAAAACGCGAACACCACAGGCAGGAGAAGGCUACUGGUUUUAGACGAGUUCAAAAUGGAGAAGAGAAUCAGCAGAAUGUUCUACAUCAUGACAUUCCUCUUUCUGACCUUGUGGGGUCCCUAUUUGGUAGCCUGUUACUGGAGAGUUUUUGCAAGAGGGCCUGUAGUACCAGGGGGAUUUCUAACGGCCGCUGUCUGGAUGAGUUUUGCCCAAGCUGGAAUCAAUCCUUUUGUCUGCAUUUUCUCCAACAGGGAGCUGAGGCGCUGUUUCAGCACAACCCUUCUUUACUGCAGAAAAUCCAGGUUACCAAGGGAACCUUACUGUGUUAUAUGAGGGAGCAUCUGUAAAUCUUUAGCCUUGUGAAACACUACCAUUCUCUGCUAAGCAAUUGUGGCCUGUAGCCAUGUCUUGAGAAGAAAAUCAAGAAUGGGAUGUCAGCAGUUGUAAGGAUUUGGGCAACAUUCUGCAGUCUUUGCAAUAGCUCACCUCUAAUCCUAUUUUAAACCUAAACAUGUUCCUGCUGACCACUGCUGAAGGUUUGUAAUUAAGAACAAAGGACUGAACUACUGCCCUGAAUUCCUUUAUGUGGUUGAAAUCUAGAUUAUGAAAGUAGCAGGUGCUAAGUAUCAGUGCUAAAUGCUGUGUAUAUCACUACAUAAAAUAAGACCAUCAAAAAGAUUAGCAUUGGACAUCUUAAUAAAUUAAGUUGAUAUGAGGUUAAUGUGUUGACAAAACUAAUUUUAGACAUCUGAAGACCUUUAAAACAUUUCAUACAAUUAUUGUUUUGCAAAGACUGAAAACUGGGGACUCAAGUACUGUAACUGAUUAAAGAUGUGCCAUGCAUUAUUGGAUUAUCACACUUACAAAUCUGUUUGCCUUGUGAGUAAGUUUUGGGGAGCAUUCCAAAGCAGUAUUUUUGUUUGGAUUUAGACUUAACUUUUUUUUUCCCCUUUUCUUUUUUUUUUUUCCUUUUUUCUUUUUCCCAAAUAUAUUACUCUUUCUAAAUACCAUUUUCCUUAACGGUGAAAUUACUAACAUUUAACUGUAUUCUGUGGGUUUUGCUGAUUUGGUAUAAAGUUUAAUAGACUCUUAUUUAUAUUUUUAAAAAAGCUAGAUAUCAGUCUGUUAGGCAACGUUAAUGAUAAUAUCCAGUCAUAAUUGAACAGUUAUAAUUAUACAGAAUAAACACAUGUUGCCUUAAAGGGUUAUCUAGUAUCUUCCAUUUUGUUUAGCAUUGAAGCAAAUAAGCAAGGAAAAUUGAAUCAGUAACUCUGGUCAGUCAUUUGGGAGUGCAUGAGAGAUCACUUAGUCCUCUUUUUUCCUUUUUACUCCAAUGGUUCCCAAAAUCAGUAUGCACAUCACUGGGAUGAUAUGAUUUUUUUCUAGGUGUGCCGCCCUUUCUAGUUUGUUCUGAGAAACACAGGCAGUUGAUGUAUGUUUAUAUUUUAAGACAGCUGUCAUGGGGAGACCGCAGCCUUAGUAUGAUAUCUUGCACAAUUUGUGAAGCAUUUAUUCUACUGAAGGCACAGUCUUGUUUAUAUUUUCUGCACAUUUUGGUGUAUUGGUUGUUUUAAAUUAUUUAAGUUUUAAAUUGUGAAAGCAUAUAAUAUGAUUUCUUAGUAUUUUAGAAAUACAUUAGAGUCUGUGAGUCUUUCCUUCUUUAAGAUACAGAUGUGUGGAUUUCAAUAUAAAGUUGCAUUUGCCAAAAUUUACCUGUGUAGCUUGUUAAUUUUCUUGGAAUAAAAUUUUACAUUUUUCCAGUUAUACAAUUAACCUUUUUUAUUUUGUCUAGUGAGCUAGCAUGAAGUACUGAGAAUGUAGCCAUUAUGAAUUAUUAUCCUUUGCAGUCACUGUAUUCCCAAACUGUAAAUGCAUGAACGAUGGGGACCACAGGAUUGAUAAAUGAUAUUAUCUACAGUAGCACUAUUGUGUAGUUUAUCAUAAUUACCCAUCUAUCUGUUCUAAUAUGUCAGUUAUAUUUAAAGUUACAACACAGUAUUUGACAUUAACUUCACGGUUUAAUUUUGGAAAAUGUGUAUAUUUGAAGCACAACAUCAUGAGUCAGUCGAUCGUAAAGAACAUUGAUUUUUUCUUAAUUUUUUUGGAGAGACAAGACUAGAGGUCUUAAUUCAGUAUUGGUGUAUCUUGUUCUUUGUUGUAGUUUUAUGACCAGCAAGUUAAUAUAUACAUACACGAGCAGCAGUCAAUAAUGGAAAUGCUUAAAUUUGUAUGAUAACAUUAUACAACAUAUGCAACAAUUCAGAGAGUUGUGUCUAUAUGUGAUCAGACAACUUGAUCAAAGAUUUAGUGAGCAAUCUGUUUGACCUCACUUACACUUUUAUACUGAGGUUGAUUGGUUGAGAGGCAUGGCUUAAUAUACUGUGUUGAAACAGAAAACUUGCUGAAAUACCAAGUCCUCAUCAGUACAAGGAUGUUUCAGAACGUAAUUUGAAACGGGACCAAUAAACUUCCACCAAAAGGACUUUUUUACUACACCGGAAAAGGCUUUGAAAUUAAGGUAGUUAAGCAAUUGUCAAAGAUAGCAGGAGUGCAUAAAAACUGAAUCGUAUGUUGAGAAAAAUUCUGAAAGUUAUCCCACUUCAGUUUAUUAAAAGGUUGAUUGGCAAUAACUUCAGUCUAAUUUCUAUAAAAUAGUAACCUUUACAAGGAACAUUGAUAUUACAUAUUGUAAUAAAGAAGUACAUAUAAAUAAAGUUGUAAAUAGUGUUAUAGUUGUAGAAGUAGUCAGUUCUGAGGAUUAGCCAGAAAAUUUUCAACUAUGAAAUUUCACAAGCUGCAAAUUCGGGGCCUGGCCUAGCUCCUAAUAAAGUCAGUUGGUGUUUUCCCAUUAACUUCAUUUGGAGCAGAAGCAGGCCCUCACGUUUCUAUAGUACUAUGCUUCUGAAAUACUAAGAAGGCUGUAUUUACUAUGCAGUGGGAAAGGAAAAAACAAUUUAAAAUUAUUUCCCUGGAAGUUUUGCAAGCAGUAACUGAUGUAAAUUAAAAUAAUAAACAGUAAACAAGUCUGAAAGCAAAUAUUUUGCUAAAUGUUUUUCUUUUGAUAUGAACAUAAUUCAUUUGACUAACUGAAAAAUACAUGAGUGUCUUGCUACCUGACAGAGGAAGACUUCCUCUUUCUUAAGUGAAUUUUUAUACUUGUUCCAUUAAGAAGUCUUGUAACAGAUGUAAUUCCUUUUAUUCUCUCCAGUGUUAAAAGAACAAGGGGAUGUGCAGUGAAGUUAAAAGUCAACAAAUGAAGUAACAUGCCAUGCAAAGUUAUUACUCAGUGGAACUCACUGGCGCAGGAUGUCCAGUACCUUAGAGAGGUUCCUGCAGGAAUUACAUGUAGACGUGAAGUUAAGCAGUGCUUGCAGGUUCUGCCACCGGUGUCAUUUGAUCCUAGUCAGCACAUCUAACCUCAUGCAUUGGGGGAUAAAUUCAAAAGAGCAAGAAGGUUCCUUCCAGCUCUGUACACGGUUGUGUCAUGGUAUGAAAAGCUCUCUGCUCUCAUUUCAGUACAGGAGUGAAAUUGGUGCCAAAGCUUAUGCAGAGCUGGUAGAUUACUCUUCUAUUUCAGAAUAGCAAAGAAUAUUGCAGUGUUUUAUGUCUGCGUUGAUCUUUGAUGCUCAUGGGUUAUGUGAUGCUAGUUGUUUUAAUUUUCCUGGGUAAGAAAAAAAAGUAAGAACAGCUGCCCUCGAGAAAAGACUGUCUGCCCCUCUUGCUUUCCUGCCCUCUACUUGUGUCACUGGCUCUUUGGCAACCUCUCCAUCAGUUCUUCUUCAAUGUGAAAUAUUUCAUAUAUUGAGUACUAUUUCUUCUGCUCCAGUGCUCCUUAAGAAGUAUCUCAGCCAUCCCCCCUCCAGAGCAGAUAAGAGGAGCCCGCUUUCCUUGAUAGUAGUUUCUUGCAGCAGCUUCCCAAGGAUUGUGAGUGUCUGGGUUCCCUCCUAAAGACAGAAGGAGGCAACUGGUUCCUUCCAGUUGCCCUCCUGGAGCCAUCAUGGCAUGAUGCUUGGCUAGCACACUGCCUAUCUCUGUCUUUUGGCAUUGGUCAUGAAGAAGUCACUGUCUGUUAUGCAGAGAAAAAUGCAUAAUGGUGAGAGGGCAGCAGGAAACAAUUUCCCCUCUCCCAACUCCUUCAUAAAGAAACCACAGUUAUUGUUGCAUUGAUCCUCUAAAUGAAUAAAAUGGACAGUUAGCAAAUUAAUGCAAGGUUUUUGGUAUAACCCUAAAAUAUUAUUACACAGUGGUUUUCGGGCAGUCUCCAGGCCUUGAGGCAGAGCAGCCUGCUGUAUCUAUCUCUUUGUAAGUGCAUUGAGUUUGCUCGCUUGUAUUGUCUUCCAAGCAUGAGAACAUUUUACUUAUAUUAAUCUGAGCCCAGUAUUGCAGCAAGCUGCUGUUAUUCAUGGGUUUAAUAAAUAAAGGGAAGUCUGGUGGUUUUUGAGGUGAAUUAAAGACGUACUUUGAUUAAUACUUGUUUUUUAGCAAAUGUUGAAUAAAACUAUGGGUUGCCAGGCUCUUCCAUAGUUACACAGUCAGCUGUCAAUUAUUGCAAACAGAAAUGGUGUAGACUAACUUGCAUAAAACAUAGGUAAUACAAAGCAUAUGCACACUAGCCUGUAAGAACUUCCUGUGUUUAUUACAUUUGUUGAGGAAUGAAGUUAAGCUGAACUAAAAAGCUGCAGGAGAAAUUAAAAGGAAAAUGGUGGGUGUUUUUCCUUUUAUUUCUGCUUUGUUUUAGCAUAGCCCUGCUAAUCUGCAACCUGGGUUACACACCCACAGACAACCAGGAGUUGACUGUACAGUUCUGCAUACCACAUAGACAACUUCCCUCCAGUUUAUACUCUUUGAGAGCUGUAGAAGUGCACACUACUAAUCUGAUUGACUUUUCAGAGAAAAGAGAAGAUACAGUAUUCUUCAAAACUAAAAUUCAGUGUAUGCUCUCUGCUUUUGUUUACUGAAGUGAUUUUGAGUAUAAAGAAAUCAGUGAUCUAAAUCAGUAAUGAUCAUAAGCAUACUCUGGCUUUGUCCAUUAACAGCAGGACGAGAUGACAUUUUGCGAUGCGUAUGCCAGCAACAAAUCAAAGAGUUUGAUAUUACACACCAUGACUUUCCUUGAGUGGCCUGAAAAUAGCUCAUGCUUAUAUUUAGAAAAGAUACGAUGAAGUUGUCCAUUUAAAUGGAUAAAGUCUGUAUCUAGCCAGUAUCAGAAAACAAAACAAAAAGUGAAUUUUAAAGAUUGCUCAUUAUAAAUAGCAAAGGGUUUUUGUGGUGGUUUUUGUUUAUCUGAACUGUGUAAUUACAUAAGUAUAUGAUGAUCAAAGGAGUGCCACAGUAAAUAAGGCAGAGUUUUAAUAGUCUAAAGAGGAAAUAAGUAACAACAAGCCAUUUGAUGUAAAAUAAAUAUAGCUGUCCAUAUGUUUCAUAAAAUUUAGAAAACAAAGCAAUAAUUGAGAUUUUCACUGCAUAGUGAUUUUAAAUACCCAAUGCGUUUAAAAACAAUGUCAUUAGACAGUGAGGUGACUGAUGCAGUCCAGUGAGACUUACUCUUCACAUCACAGUUUUUGUACUAUGCACUACAUUUAAUGAGCAUGAGGUUUGAAAACAGAAUUUGUCUGAUACAAUCAUCAACAAACUGCAUUAGCUACAAUAAAACUUCUCCAAAUAUUAGGUAAAUUGCUGUCUCCAGAGAUUAUUCAAAAUUAUCCCUGUGCUAAUUCAGGAAAAGUCUACUUCACCAUUGCAAAAGAGCCAUCUAGUUAAAGAUGUUUUUUUCAUCCUUUCAUUUGUUAGCCAAGACAGCUUCUUCUGUAAUGUGGAAUUAAAAAUACCAAGUUUGAAAGGAUAUAUUUGAGUUCCAACUAUUAUGCCACCGAUCCGUGAUAUUGUUGUCAUAUUUUAAGUAAACCCACAAGGUCUAUGGUUGAAGAAUGUAAACAGUCACUUAGAAAACAAACAAACAAAGCAAAACCCAAUGACAUGCUUCCAGUUCAUUCUCUCCUAUUUGCAUGGAAUGCUAAAAUUUCAGUUUUAAGAAUGUGAAGGAAAUCUCUGAAAAGAAGAAGAAGGCUAUAAUAUAUGUAUUGCAUUGUCUGCAUGGUUUUAGUCUAUCAGCUUGCCUAAGCUUUGCCAAUGAAUUUAAGCAGCAUAGAUUGAAUUCUCAUGCUACCAUUAACUACAGCAUUUCCUGACCCCUUUUAUUUCCAUUCUAUAACCGUAAAGCUCAGGCAUGUUAACAUUCUUAUGCAAACUGAAGAAAUUGCUAAAAAUAGAGUUUUGCACUACAAUAAUUUUGGAGGAUCAGCUUCGUGAGACAGUCUAAGAGGGUACCUAUUUACGAUGACUACUUUGGGCAGCAGCUUGGAGGGUACAACAAAAUUUUAACCCCUGUUUAUGAGCUAGCUAAAAUCCUGCUGUCCCUCAGUGAAACCACCUCUCAUGUCUCACUUCCAUGCUGACAUUAAGUAGGACUUCAUUUGUGCAUACCCUGAGUGUUAAUGGGUGAAACUGAGCAGUGAGCAGAGAACAGAAAUGCCUAGACAAUUGUCUUUUCAAAACAGAAAUAACAGAAGAAGCAGAGGCCCAGAGGUAAACAUUUUUGUGAGCUGGUUUGUAUUUCAUGCCCUGUUGCCCCCUCAGUAGUGACUGAGAUCUUCUGGUUUACUCUUGAUUUUUUUGAAAAUAUAUCUGUGCCACUCCACUAUAUCCCACCCCUUAGAAGUUGAUUUUAUGCUUAAUCAAGUUUGUGUAGUCUUUACAAUACAUAUUUAGUAGUAAAACAUUUGUAGCUUUGCACUGAUUAUGGAGAUAUAUAUCAGUGUAAGUGCUUGCCCAUUUCCAUAAGCAAUUCCUGUGUUACAGGCACACAAAUCCUAUUUUUGAAAUUAAGGCACUCUACAAUUAUGUGUUUCCUGAAUUCUCUGUUAAGGCCCUUAAGCUUUGGAAAUUUCUCCUAUUUGAUCCAAAACACUCAAUGCAGAUUAUUAUGGCACACCGCAGGGAACAUUCGAUCUCUCUGACUGCAGGACUGUUUGGACAUCAUGAAGACUGGAAAUGUAUAUUUAGCUCCUGUGUAAUAAUUUAUGGUAAUGACUGAGCAAUAGAAGCAAUAGUGAUGGGGAUCCUAAAAUAACAUAUUUGGGUAAUUGCAACUUUUAAUCGUAAGACAUCCAGCACAAAGGAGAAACGCUCCUUUUGUAAGAUGAUUAUGUAAAUGAAAAUUAAAUACACAAUUAAAUUCAGUUCUAUAGGAUUUUGAUUAUCAUAUUCUGUCAAAGCUACAGCAACAUGGGCAUAAAAAAAAGAAA